CUAGUAUUGUGGGGUUUUUGGCUCAUCACAUUACUAUUUAUGCGACCACUUUGCAUUGCCCCUCUCCUCCACAAAGACCUUUGGAGUCUCCAUCCAUGAAAGAGCUACUCAGGCAAGAAUGUGAAGCUAUCACCUUCUCUUCCUCUUUCUCCACCAUUACCUCCUGCUCCUCCUCUUCCUCCUUGUCCUCCAUGGCCUCCUCCUGUUGUCCCAGUGCCUCACCAGAAUUACUCGGCCACAGUUCAAGGAACAUGAAAAAGAAGAAGAAGACGGCCUCUAAGGGUGGAUCCAAGAGACAGGCUGAGGCUGCUCCUUGUGGUGUUGGUGGAGGAGGAGGAGGAGGAGGUAAGAAGCGAAGCAAGGAUGGGAAGCAUCCCGUCUACCGCGGCGUCCGGAUGCGGAAUUGGGGCAAGUGGGUGUCGGAGAUCCGAGAGCCCAGGAAGAAGUCGAGGAUAUGGCUAGGGACGUUCCCCACCGCCGAGAUGGCGGCACGAGCCCACGACGUGGCGGCGCUGACCAUCAAGGGCCAGUCUGCCCACCUCAACUUCCCGGAGCUGGCAGCCGUGCUACCGCGGCCGGCCACGGCGGCCCCCAAGGACAUCCAGGCUGCGGCGGCGCUGGCCGCCGCAUGCCCGGGCCAGGCCGAGCAGCCGGUUUCCCACUCCCUCACGACGCCGUCGAGCGACGGCGAAGACGCGCUCUUUGACCUGCCGGAUCUCUUCCUCGACCUCAGAGACGCAUUCUGCCACUCUUCUCCUCCUCCUUCCUCGUGGCUGCCUUCUACCGAGGAAGACGGCAUCGUGUUCCGGGUGGAGGAGCCAUUCCUGUGGGAGUAGUAUAAUUAGAACCCAUGGUCUGCAACAGCCAUGCAUGCACGCACGUAUCCGUUCUUCUACAUCUAAUCGCGGGAGCGACGGAUCAUCAUCAGCUCCCUCCUCAACUGGAACCGGAAAUGGAGGUCAAAUCUUUUGCCUCUAAUGGCGUGGUUACUCAUGCUCGAACCAACAACAACAACAGCAGCUCCACUUCUCCCAUACUCGAUAACGAGGCUAAAAGAAGCUUGUUCAGUACACAUGUAACUACUGUAGCUGACAAGUGUGUUUGUGAUAGCAUGUAUGAGGUAUGUGUAUGUGUAUUGUGACUCGCCACAGACUCCCUUUUGCUGAAUUGGAGACCCAUUUACCUU